AUGGAUGAUUACUGUGAAAAUAAUACCGAGUCAGAGGCCAAGCGGAGAAAGAUCCGUAAGGGAACAAGGAGCUGCUGGGAGUGCAAAAAGCGCAAGAUGAAAUGCGAGUUCGAGUUUUUGCACGCAGAAGAAGAUUCCAGCCGAUCAGAGAGAAAAGGACGCCGCAGGGUGGGCAGCCAAGAUCGCGUCGCAAGAGUCGAAACCUUAGUCGAGCAAUUGAUCAGGAAAGUGAAUCGCGAUAGACCUUCCGCCGACGGAGGCGCACCCGCAACUAGCCAAAUCCCUGCACGAAAUCAUGAAAUACCUACUCCCACAUCAAUUGAUUUAGAUUCGGCACGUUUCUUGCAUUUAUACGAGCCCUCGACUAACACCUGGCCCUACUUCACAUCCAAUAUUGAAGGACUACAGUGUAUGAUGAUGGAAAGUAUGUACCAGGCUAAUGGCGGGAAUCUGCGACGAAGCUGGAUAGCCAAUCGGAGAGCUAUGGUCAUUGCGCAAUUGAUGAACCUCCUUCGAAGUGACAGCCGGGCACAAUACAAGGCUCUCGACCCUGGAAUCAGGGCUGAUCCACGAUUCAUGUGGUUCCGAAUUGUCUUCCAUGACCGCCACUUGUGCCUCAUGUUGGGGCUUACACAAGGCUCCCUCGACCAGAGCAUGGCUACUGGGAAAGCUUAUAAAGACGACUCCCCUAUAGGCCGUCUGGAGCGUAUGCACUGUACCAUCGCAUCUCGCAUCUUGGAGCGUAACGCGUCUGGUUCGAGCUCUGAUGACUUCGAGCUGACACAAAGCCUUGAUCUUGAGCUACAGAAAGCGGGUAGAAGCUUGCCUAGCAAGUGGUGGCUGAUGCCAAAUUUGGCUAUUGUCGCCGAUGACUCGCUGACUCUCUUUUGGAACAUGGGACAACUGUUCAAUCAGCUGUACCAUUAUAAUCUGCUCAACCAACUCCAUUUGCCCUACAUGCUUCGUUCUUCACCUGAACGAAAGUACGAAUAUUCUAAGAUGACCUGCGUGAAUGCUUCGGGGGGGAUACUCUUGCGGUUUAUAAUGUUCCGUAGUUACGACAGGGCUGAUUUUUGCUGCCGGACGGUCGACUUCUUUGCACUCAUGGCGGCUAUCACACUACUCCUGGCGCACUUGGACAGCGAGCGUCUCACACAGACCGGUAACUUGCUGGCCCACCAAUAUCUUAGUGACCGUGCCAUGAUAGAGCAGGUGCAGAUGAACAUGGAACAGAUAAGUUGUGUGAAUGGAGAUGCUCUGAGCGCUCAAAGUGCAGAUUUGUUGCAAAUAUUGCUGGUUAUCGAAAAUGAAACUGCAGAAAUGGACAGCUCAAAACCUCCUGCAAGUUAUGAUCAAUCCAAUGUGCUAAUAAAUGGUAUGCUCAAUAUCGAGAGCCCAGAAGUUGCUGGGAGUGCUUUUGAUCAUAAUCACUUCGGUAAAAAGUCUUUCGCGGAGUCAAUGGCCGGGGCAAGUUGGAGCUCUGUCGACAGUGUUGGUGGUCUGCCUGCAGCGUUUACAUCGCGGUACCAGUAUGUCGUUUCGGACACUGCCCUGCGGCAGUACGAAGGUCCUGGGUUAACUGCCGGGUUGGACGACUGGGCAUUCCAAGGUGUUGACAUGGCUUUCUUUGACAACCUAAUGAAAGGAGUCGAUGAGGGAAAUUGCUUUUGA